CGAUUCUCUCCCACCCAAAACCCUACGAAACCCCUGGGUUUUCAUUCUUUCGGCUUCUAUUUUCGGUUGAUUGGUACUGAUUCUACUUGAAGCAUGGAGAAGCUUUCUAAAGUAGUUGAACACGAGGAGGAAAAGGAAGGCGAAGAAGAUGACCUGAGUUUCGAAGAACUUGGAUUGGACCCUCGUCUAGUUCGCGCGUUAAUCAAGAAGGAAAUUCAAAAGCCAACACCCGUACAACACGUCGCAAUUCCGUUAAUUUUGGAAGGUAAGGAUGUGGUGGCUCGGGCGAAGACUGGUUCUGGGAAGACUUUCGCAUACCUCCUUCCAUUGCUUCAGAAGUUGUUUACUGGUUCUAGUACGAAGAAGAAGUCAGGUCCAAGUGCAGUUGUUCUGGUUCCGACCAGGGAGCUAAGUCAGCAGGUUUAUAAGGAAAUUUCAUCUCUUAUUGAAACCUGUCGAGUUCAAGUGAAAGUUGCCCAAUUGACAAGCAGCAUGUCACAUUCUGAUUUGCGAACAGCAUUGGCAGGACCAGCUGAUAUCAUUGUUGCUACACCUGCUUGCAUUCCCAAGUGCUUGUCUGCCGGUGUUCUCCAACCAAGCUCCAUUAAUGAGUCACUUGAAAUUCUUGUUCUGGAUGAGGCUGAUUUACUAUUGUCAUAUGGCUAUGAAGAUGAUAUAAAAGCUUUUGCAGCACAUGUCCCACGUUCCUGUCAAUGCCUUCUUAUGUCUGCUACAUCAAGUGCGGAUGUUGAAAAAUUGAAGAAGUUGAUCUUGCAUAAUCCCUUCAUUUUGACUUUGCCUGAAGUGGGAGACGUCAAAGAUGAUCUAAUUCCAAAAAAUGUUCAACAAUUUUGGAUCUCAUGCGAUGCUCGAGACAAGUUACUUCAUAUUCUUUCACUCUUAAAGUUGGACUUGGUUCAGAAAAAAAUUCUCAUAUUCACAAAUACCAUAGACAUGGGCUUCAGGUUGAAAUUGUUUCUGGAGAAGUUUGGAAUUAAAUCUGCUGUUCUAAAUGCUGAGUUGCCGCAAAAUUCUCGCCUCCAUAUUCUCGAGGAGUUUAAUGCUGGGCUGUUUGACUACCUAAUUGCAACCGAUGACAGUCAAACAAAAGAAAAAGACACAAACGAGGACAGUAAUGUUGAUAAGAGAAAGCCCAGAAAACGUGACAAGCAAAAGAUAGAUUCUGAAUUUGGAGUAGUACGAGGAAUUGACUUCAAAAAUGUUUACACAGUUAUAAAUUUUGAGUUGCCUCCAAGUGUAGCAGGGUACAUACACCGUAUUGGACGUACUGGAAGAGCUUAUAAUACUGGUGCAUCUAUCUCAUUGGUUUCUCCAGAUGAGAUGGAUAUUUUUGGAGAAAUACAAUCUCUUCUGAGAGCUGAUGGGGAUACAGACAUUAUUGUUCCUUUUCCAUUACUUACUAAAAAUGCAGUAGAGUCUUUACGUUAUAGAGCUGAGGAUGUUUCUAAGAGCGUGACAAAACUUGCUAUUAGAGAAUCCCGAGCUCUGGAUUUGAGGAAUGAGAUUCUUAACUCUGAAAAAUUGAAAGCUCACUUUGAAUCUAAUCCGAGGGACUUAGAUUUGUUGAAACAUGACAAGAUUCUAAGCAAGAAUCCCCCUGCUCCUCACCUGCGGGACGUGCCCGACUAUCUUGUUGAUCCAGUAACUCAAGAAGCCAGCAAAAUUAUCAAACUUGCUAGAGCAGCAAUGGGAAAUGUGCAGUCUGGCCGUCGGCGUGGGUUCAAAAGAAAAUCUAGAAACGAUAAAGAUCCUCUUAAAACAUUUUCAGCUGAGGCUCCAAAGAGAUCACGUCGUGGUGGUGGGGAAAAGAGCAGGCAAAAAUGAUGAUCAAAACAACAGACGCAAGAAGAAUUCUGUCUGAUUUUGAUGUUUUUUGGCUUGUCGAUCCUGAAUGGGUUGAUAGCCAGUGGAUCACACAAUUUUGUAUUGAAAACAGGUGAUAAAUUAUAGUUUAACAAGCGUGUUUCAAUGUAAUAGUGGCGAUUUUUUCAAAAUGAAAUUAACGUUUAAGAGCCUUGUAAUUGUUGCUUCACCGUCAGAAAUCAAACAUGAAUGGAGAUUAAAAACGAUCUUUAGAUAGAGGCCUGUAUGAUUGGGAUU